AUGGCGCAAAAACUUCCCGUCUUUUGCAUUGCUGCUGUUGCUUCUAAUCGAGGAAUUGGAAAAGACAGGAGGCUUCCAUGGAAACUCGAUGGAGACCUGAGAAUGUUUUCGAGGUUGACUAAAGAAACGAGGACGCCAGAAAAGCAAAACGCUGUUGUUAUGGGCCGUGAAACAUGGUUAUCUAUUCCAUCAAGGCACAGACCUCUUCGUGAUCGAGUCAAUGUUGUCUUAAGCAGAAGUCUUGAAGAGCCUCCUGAUGGUGUCCGAUUAUAUCAUGGUUUUCAGGAAGCUAUUGAUAGUCUACAAUCAGACGAGUGCAGAGACAAGAUAGAGACAAUCUGGGUAGUUGGAGGAAGCUCUGUGUAUGAGGCCGCUUUAUGUAUUUGUGACCGGAUAUACCUAACUCACAUUGAAAAAGAGUUUGAUUGUGAUACAUUUUUUCCAGUCUUUGACACUCAGCUGUUUCAGCCUGCCAGUGUUGAUCCAAGAGUACCAAAGGACAUAAAGGCAGAGAAUGAUGUGUCUUACAGAUUUUGUGUUUAUGAGAGACAACAGUGAUGUCAUCGAACAGUAUUUUAGAAUUGCUUCCAGAACGGAUGUUUUAUGUUCAGCUAAUCUAGACUAUUAGAGUAUGCCAAAUAUACAGGAAUUAAGAGAUUGCAUUGUAGGCUUAUCCUGCACGGUGCUGGUGAACGACCAGACCUUUUGUAGAAUCGCUAUUUUAGUCAGAUGCCAAUCAGUAGAAAGACAUCAUCAGUGUAGGAAAAUGUGUUGCAUCACUGUUAUUUAGAAUGGCGAUUUGCCAGAAUAACAAAUUGCAAUUCCAAA